CUGGCUGCGUUGACGUCAGCGCCGUGAUGAUUUGCUAAGGCGAGAGAAGAAAGGAGUUAGUGCGUGUUGAGAGAGCGGGUACUGCGAACUGCCUUACUAUGCUGUAGCCCCAAUCCCCCUACACUAUACGGAAUCAAAACGUGCAACUUAGGUUUCAUCUUGUUUACAAAGAUAGCUAAAAACACUGCUGAGCGGGGAAGGCGAGCCUCAUGAGUCGGCCUCGUGGAUUGCAUCGACAAAAUGGAUUUAACUAAAAUGGGUAUGAUCCAGCUCCAGAACCCCAACCACCCCACUGCCUUGCUGCAGAAGGCCAACCAGAUGCGUCUGGCCGGGACUCUGUGUGACGUGGUCAUCAUGGUAGACAGCCAGGAGUUCCAUGCUCACCGGACUGUGCUAGCCUGCACCAGCAAAAUGUUUGAGAUCCUCUUCCACCGCAGCAGCCAGCAUUACACCCUGGACUUUCUUUCACCAAAGACUUUUCAGCAAAUUUUGGAGUAUGCUUACACUGCCACGCUACAGGCCAAGGUGGAGGACUUAGAUGACCUUCUGUAUGCAGCAGAGAUCCUGGAAAUUGAGUAUUUGGAAGAGCAAUGCCUCAAGAUCUUGGAAACAAUCCAGUCCUCAGAUGAGAAUGAUGUGGAGGUCAAUGUUAAUGAUGGGAGCACAGAGGAGGAUGAUGAGCGCAAAGGCCACAAUGGAGCCAAGAACUCUAAAAAGCAUUCCAUGGAGAGUCCCUAUCUGUCAGGUACCCAGCAAGUCUCCACCAUGUCUGGCAUGGUGGACCAGAGUCCCUCAGUCUCCACCUCCUUCGGUGUCUCCACCCUGAGUCCCACCAAAGCUGCUGUGGACAGCCUGAUGAGCAUCGGCCAGUCUCUGCUCCAGCAGGGCUUUGGUGGUGAACAACUCAUCCAUGGAAACUCCCACCAACUGAUGACUGAGAUCAAGACUGAAAUGAUGCAAGUGGACAUGGGUGGCAAUGGGCACGACAGCCCUCAGAACAUGGAGUCCAGUGCCUCCAGCAAUGGAGAGCGAAGUGGGGAGGACAGGAACCGAGAUGGUCCCGGAACACCAACCAGGAGCAGUGUAAUCACCAGUGCCCGCGAGCUGCAUUAUACCCGCGAUGACGGCAUGGGUGACCAUCAGGCUGAAGUCAGCCAGAUGGGGCUUGAAGCAAUGGCUGGAAUGACAGAGAAACACCUGGCCUCCCUGUACACCCUACCUGUCAAUCAUAAAUCAGAUGCCAUCAUGUCCAUGCCGGCAUCCAUGGCCUCUGCUCUCCCCAUGUCCCCAGCCCUGGCUAUGUCUAUGGACUUCAGUGCCUACGGGGGACUCCUGCCUCAGAGCUUCAUCCAGAGAGAAUUCUUCAGUAAGCUCGGUGAGCUGGCAGUGGGCAUGAAACCAGACGGCAGGAACCAGCAUGAACGUUGUAAUGUUUGCGGUGCAGAGCUGCCAGAUAACGAAGCUGUGGAGCAGCACAGGAAGAUGCACAGCGGAAUGAAGACCUACGGCUGUGAACUGUGUGGGAAGAGCUUCCUGGACAGCCUCCGUCUACGGAUGCAUUUGCUGUCUCAUUCAGCUGGUGAGAAGGCCAUAGUUUGUGACCAGUGUGGCGCCCAGUUCCAGACAGAGGAAUCCCUGGAGGCUCACCGACAGAUCCACACCGGGUCGGACAUGGCCAUCUUUUGCCUGCUUUGUGGUAAGCGUUUCCAGACCCAGACAGCGUUGCAGCAGCACAUGGAGGUCCACGCUGGCGUCCGCAGCUACAUUUGCAGCGAAUGCAACCGGACUUUCCCCAGCCAUACUGCACUCAAACGUCACCUACGCUCACACACAGCAGGGGACCACCCAUUUGAAUGCGAGUUCUGCGGGAGCUGCUUCCGUGAUGAGAGCACACUGAAGGGCCACAAGCGCAUCCACACCGGGGAGAAGCCCUAUGAAUGUAACGGCUGUGGGAAGAAGUUCAGCCUCAAGCACCAGCUGGAAACCCACUACCGUGUGCACACAGGUGAGAAGCCAUUCGAGUGCAAGCUGUGCCACCAGCGAUCCAGGGACUACUCGGCCAUGAUCAAGCACCUGCGCACCCACAAUGGCGCCUCGCCCUACCAAUGCACCAUCUGCCUGGAGUACUGCCCCAGCCUGUCAGCCAUGCAGAAGCACAUGAAAGGCCACAAGCCUGAAGACAUCCCCCCAGACUGGCGCAUAGAGAAGACCUACCUAUACCUCUGCUAUGUCUGAGACCGGGAGAGUGAAGAGUGGGAGGGUACGUGAGAUGGUGAGGGCGGGGGUUGAGAGGUAAGGGGAAUGUAAUUGAGUGGAGAGGAGGCAUGAAGCUGUAGUGGAGCGUUGACGAUUGAGGAACGUCAGCAGUGAGAGACUCGAAAGCAAGAGGGUUUGUUUUCUCUUUUUCUUUUCAUGCAAAGGCGGCGACAACCGACUGGGUUAAUGGGUGGUGAUGGUGGGACAAAAGUGCUGAGAAGAGGAAGACUUGGACACGGAGAGAGAUUCUCCACCAUUGUUCGGAUUCACCGGGUCAUUCACUACAUCUGCAACUGUGUUAUUGUUUCAGGUCAUUUCAUGCAGCGCCAUAAAGCGAGCGGGCUGCAAGGAAGUGACACUUUGGAUGCUGCUGCCACAGUAGUGAGAAAGCAGAUUCUCAAGGGCUAUCUGAACCUGCUCAUCUAUGCCAUCAGGAACUGAAUCUUUCACUCCAUUUUUUUUCCAUCAUCUUUGAAAACAAGUGAAAGGUUUUUUUGUUGUACUUUGGUGUGUUUAUAUUCUCCCUGCUCAGUCAUGCUAGUUAGAAUCACAUGAAAGCAUAUGUGAACAUAGCAUCAGUUUAGGCCCCCAGUAAGGACCUUCUCCUUUUUACUACACACCUGCAUAUUUCUGGUUGUUAUGAACCACAGCAAAUUUAUUUUUGGAGGUGGACUGAGACAUAUUUUCCAGCUGUCUCACCUUGCUAUAAGAAACGAACGCUCCAGAGUUUGAAUGAACUGCUUUGGGUGAACAUACCCCUAAUCUUUUCCCAAAUGGGAAAUGUAUCUGUUUAGUCACCUCCCAUCACCUAUGCCUGAGCAAUGGGCACAGAUCUCCCCAGUUUUUACCAGGAUCUGCCGGUCGACCUGUCCAUUCAUCAAAUCCUUCAGAUCCCCAGCGGUGGCAGCGAGAUAGCCCCUGAGAAUCAGCAGCAGAGCCAGUGGGUUUAUGCAGUAGAUGAAACAGCUGAACUGGACGGGUGGGAGCAUUAAAAUACUGCAAACCAAGCACCCAUUUGCUUGUAAUGGGAGGGGGAGGAGAUGCUAGUGCUGCUUUUAGUUGGACAUCUCCCCGGAUUUCUCAGUAGUCUUCCUGGUUCUGCAUCUGCAUCACAUGCGGGCUGGAGAAGGUGGAGUCACCACUGCCCCCCCCCACACGGUUCUCCCCAGAGAGCCAAAGGCUACUUACGUCACUUUUUCAUCUUAUUUUUUUUUUUUUUUUUUUUUUUGCUCUGCGUCACAGUUUAUCAUGGCUUGAUUGCACAGGUAAAACAAAUUACGACAACAGUUUCUGUUUGAUGUCUGCAAGGUAUAUACUUUUUCAUUAAAUCAUAACUCGCUAUUACAGUACACCACAGUAAACCCAACCUAUUCACCUACUUAGCAAUAGAUAACUGGACUGCUUUUAUCCAUGUACAUUUAACCAGAUUACUAUCAUUAUCUCACACUAAUGAUGAACUACACAAACUGACACAUAAACAGUAACACUUUGACAACAGCAGAUCUGUCCAUUCACCACAGUGAUGGAAAACAAAAUGGAAAAAAAGGCUGCUUUCCGUGGGAGUCCUGUGACUUUGACUGCUAGUAGUGAAUGUUGAAGAAGUGCUGGGAAUGCCUUAGCUGCAGACCUUAACAUCUCUCUGUCAACGGUGGCGUGGCAGGUUGAAGACUGUUAUAUGGCUACAAAAACAUGAAUGUGACUGCAAGCCAGGUUCAUACAGGGUUGUGUCAGAAUACAUACAGUAGCAGGUUAAUGCUGCCUUUCAUUUAAAGUCAGAAAACCUAUAAUUUCAGCCUCAGAGGUUGUGAUUACUCGUGGAAGAAUUUUUCCAUCCAUCUGCUGUUCCCCAUGCUCCUCAUAGCUCAUACAUGAGCUAGCUGGCUAGAAGCUGUAAAUGUUAUUUCACACUUGAAAUGAAUAGAUUGAACCAUUCACCACCAGGUGUUUUGAUAGACUGCAAGGAUCUAACAAAAGGGCUGAAACAGAUCAUCGCAUAUUCGGGCCAUGAGGUCACGUGGACCUCAAAUUCAAACUUUAGUGUACAAUGAGGCAAAGCUGUAUUACCAACCAGGAAGAGCAGGCAAGUACCACAGGGCCCCAGAAACCUCACAUGUUUUGGGGGGAAUAUACAUCUGUGACGUAGAAUAACAGCCCUAAAGGAAGGCCCUGUAUCAUCUUCCAGCUAUCUUACAGAUAUUGUGUUAAAAUUCAUAUUCUCAAAUAUGUUUGCACUGAAUUAAAUUACCAUCAGGGCUUUAAGUAAAAUAUCACUAAGAUGCUAUGUGUACUCUACUGUUUGUAUGUACAUCACAGCAAAGGUGGGUCAGCAGGGGCCCUUAGCAUAAUGAUAAAAGUCAUGUGUAGCAUUUACAGUGUAUGUUACAAUGCCACCUUAACUGCUUCUUGGAGAAAACUUCAUCUUGAAUAUUCUUGCUCUAAAAAUUCUGCAUACUGCUCAAAGUGAAAGGCUUAUUUUGUUGAGCAGGAGGUAGGAAUUACUGACUUUCUGAUGUCUCUGAAAUGCAGCAUUAGACCUGUGCAGCAUACACAGCCACAGGUAUCAAGGUUGAACCGAAGGCUUUAAUGAACUGUAUCACUGCAUGUCACAGUGUUACCGGGGUGAUCACAUAUCCAAAUGGCCGGUUGUUCAAGGGGAAAAAAAAUCACUGAUUGGACGAGAUGUGGCCCAGCAGCUUAGGGGGCGACCAGUAAGAUGACAGAAUAAAUCAACUCUUUCUCUGUGGUUUUGUCCCUGCGCUUUGUCUCUCUCGUCUCUUGUUGUUGUUGUUGUUGUUGUUGUUGUUGUUGUUGUUGUUAUUAUUGACCUUGAGUUUGAUCUCAACACAUCGUACUUGAAUUACCUCGUUUUUGUGACCUCACGUUGCUUGUGUAUUUUUAAUUUUCCCUUUUGUUUCAUUUGUACACUUUUUUUCAUGAGUGUAUGUCAGAAAGAUGCAUUGCACAACAUGAUGAAGCAAUGUAUGCGCAGAAAAAUUAAGUGCCACGGUGAAGAGAUUUGUUUUUGUUUUUCUAAUGUUGUGUAUUUCUUUGUGCAUUACUCGUUACCAAACUUGGUAUUAUUAACCCCGCUUGUUAAAGAGCCGGAAGGUUUGGUCAUUUGUUAUAAAAGCUACCUCUAAGUUGGUUUUUUUUUUUUUUUCUUUUGGCAAAAGCACAUUUUUUGUGUUUGUGUUUUGCAUUAUUUCAUAAUUGCUACUUCAUCUCAUGCUUUUUUUGUUCAAAAGUUGAUUUAUGAUUGUGUUUUUAAGUAAAAUGUAUAUAAAAGGGUAAGAAAUAACAAACGUAGUGGUUGAUAGGUUGAGAAAAGUCAUUCAAAUGGAUGUUUAUUCUUCUCUUAUAGUCUCCCCCUGCACCUCCAACCACAGAAGAGCAGAGAAAAAAAAGCAAUUUUGAAGCCUUAAGUGAUGAGUAAGAGGGAUGCAGCAGAUAAGAGGAAGUACUAUUGCUUUUUAAGAGGGUUUAAAAACAAGAAUUUAAACUUGAAAAUAUGUGAAUAGAAUUGUAGUUUUGUAAUGUGAAAAAAAGAAGGUUCAUCAAAAAAAAAAAAAAAAAAAACGCUGAACCACACGGGACAGGUCAUGUUUGCAGUGAUGCAGAGUGCGUUGGACAAUUGGAACUGCAAGUGGUAAUCAAAAAAGAAAAAAACAGAAGGUUAAAAACAGAGAUUCUCUUGGCUGACAAGCUCUCUUGAGAAAUGAGUGUAUUCCUGAACAAGAGCCAACAGAGGCAAUUUGAUAUAUAAAAAUUGUGAUAUUUUUGUAUUCAGUGUCAGUCCUUUUUCCAUUUGUGGAGGGUUACAGCAGGGCACAAAUAUUUGUAUUUCUUUUUUUUUUUAACCUGUUUCUUUCUCUCUCUCUCUCUCUGGGUGUGAAUCAUUUUUGCCUUGCUCCUCUUUGAUAUUGUUGGACAAAAAAAUGUGUGUGAACAUAUUGUAAUAAUAAGUGUUGCUUUCUGGAUGUCAAUUGCAUUGUAGGUGAAGGACUAAAUCUAUCUGCCACCAAUUUUACGAGUGUGUGUGUAUGUGACAAAGUUUAAAAAAACAAAACAAAAAAAACAACAACAAAAAAAAAAAAGAUGAUAAAAUACGGGACGGCAGGGGGGCGCUGCCAAACCGACCAAUUAGUACUUGUCAUUCACAAUUUUUCAAUCAAACUUGACUGUCGGCAUAUUUUUUUGUGUUUUUGUUUUUGUACUUGAAAAAAAAAGAAGAAGGGAUGGCAUGUCCCGUGGUGUCUUGCCAUUUUAUUCUCAAACACUGUGAGCUGAGGGGGCUUUUUCACCCUCGUAUAAUAUCCACCCACUAUAAUAUACCCAGUCACGGCUCAGUCUGAACCACCAGAAUGCAAGACCUGUUCAGUCACAUUAUUACUAUCAUCGUCCUCUGAAUGUUUUCUACUUUUUUGUGCGGGUGACAGAGUGUGUACAAGAGUGUGUAACUAUGUGUGUGAGUGUGUGUGUGUGUGUGUGUGUGUGUGUGUGUGUGUGUAUUAGUGGAAAAAUGCACUAAUCAGAUCAGAUACAAAAUAAAAGGAUAUUCUAUGCCACUUUUUUUCUCUAUGUUGGAAAAAAUAUAUAUAUAUACAUUGGCAUCGAUAUAGUUCUUCCCUCAGUGUUCCUCCGAUGUUUCUGUACUAUCUUUGUGCCUAAAAAUGGAAAUUGUUCAACAAAAAUAUCCAUCUAUAUCUGCUUAGUUUCUGUAUUUUCAGAAGAAAAUAAAAAUGGUGUCUCCAGCACCCUAGGGAUGUCAUGACGCUCGAAAAUGACCUGAUUUUUUUUAAAUCCUGAAUAGAGCAGGGCUUCUUUUUUCUUUUUCAAGGACUGCAAUAAACCCUUAAUGCUACUGAAAUAGCAACUGGGAUUCUGCAUUCACUUCUUUUCUUAGGCCAUACUCUGUGAUUGGCACCCAGAAGCAUUUAUUUAGUGACACAAAAACAAAGCAUGGUGGAAAAAAAUUACUGGAAUCCAGACAGGAUGCAGUGGUGAAACAAGUCUGCAAAGACUUUCGGGACAAAAUCUGCUCCAUGAAAUUGUUUCUCUGCAAGCAAAUUAAGCCCGGAUCUGCUUCUCCACUUACGUUGUCUGUUCUAUUUUUUUUCUCUCCUUUUUUGACAGCAACAGGUUUGCUAAUGAGAACUUUAUAUUGCUCUUGAAAGAAUAAAAAUAAAGAAAACCUCCAUUUGGGUAGGUUGGCACUAGGGUAUUCCCCCUUCUGCUUUGCUUCAGUUGUUUUUUAAGUACUUUCUUUUCUUUUUCUACAAAAUGCAUUUAGAGGGGGAUGUUAAAUUCGUCAGAGAGGAAUCAUGGCAUCCCUGGAGCUGGCACUCUGUGUUUUGGUGUGGUGUUUCUAGAACAAAGUAGCCAUUUCAUGCAGUGUUGCAAUGCAUGUGCCAUCGAGGUCUAGACUAAAAACUGUUUGAGUAACAAAGCACCAAGACAUUGUAUUUUUUUAUAUUAGCACUGAGGACCAAUUGCCCUGUCGGACCAAGCAUAACAAAGCUUUUUAUGUAACAAAGCUUUUCUCUCUUUGUCUUUCCCUGGCUUGUCUGUGCUACUUCUCUCCUCCAUUGUUGUGACAGCACAAGUGCCAGUCAAGUUGCUCUGUAUUAAGAAAAUAGUGUUUUUAUUAUGAUUUGAAUUGUUAUAGUUUUUGUCUACCUCAGCACCUAAUCUUAGCCUAAUCUUAGAAGGUGCCCAAUUAUUAUUUUUUAUUUUCUUUAUUAUGUUCUCUUAUUGUUGUCAGUUGUAUAAUUUUUUGAAAUUUGCAUUAGAGCUUUGCAAAGGUCCUUUGUCUUUUCCAGCGACAACGUGCUAUUUUUUUCCGUGGCAGUGCGUUUCCUGUUGAGCUGUGCCACCAAUCUAUAGCCACCGUCUGUUGAUAUAGAGGUUGUUCUUUUUUGUUUCUUUCCAUGUAGAAUCAGACACAUCUCUUUGUAACAUUUCAGUGUUCUCUGAUGGAGUGUGAAAAAAAAAUAAAAAGGAAAAAUAAAAGAUUUAAUGCUGCAGGUUCUCUUCUCCAUGUUGUCACUAAAGUCAAUGUUGUGCCUUUGAUAGUGAAAAUAUAAAGAAUAUUUCUUUUUUUACAUCCUACUAACAGUAGAUUGUUUUUUGUAGUGAAAUUUUUUUGUAUUUUUAUUUAUGAGUCUCAUAAUAAAAAUCAAAUCAUGAUGUUCAGUUGUAUACUUUCAAUCUGCAGUUAGAAAAAAAUAAAAAAUUAACUUCA